UCCGAAUGGAUCCGCCCGGCUGCGGGGGAACCGUGACAUGAGUUACCUGCUGGUUGGAACUCACUGGGUCUCACGUCGUCCCAAAUAUCGGGACGAGCGAGCUGAGUGGUGUCACGGUGAAAGAAAAAAAAAAUAGAACAAAACAAGGAAAGGAAAGACGCCACUCGUGCGUCGUCGCGCGUCGUCGCGCGUCGUCCGGCACUCGGGACGCUGCGUCAUCGCGACGGCGUCGGAGAAUUGAGUCGCUUCCCCGAUCGGAGUUCUGUGGAAUACGAGCGUGGCUGCGAUCGCGUACACAUCCAGGUGAGCACAUGACACCUGUAAGCCUGGAACAAACAACAUCGGUGCAGUGUUUACUACGAGUGGCUAACCUCGGAUGUGUUUCCUGUCAGCCAGCUGGUUGCUACAGUGAAGGACUUUGUAUGGUGGAUUACAGUUCUUCACUUGCACCAGCAGGGGCCCUAGUCUCACAGAGAGGGGGCCCCGUAUAAAAAUGGAGGAACUGGCUCUGAUGACAUUGCUGGAGUGUCCCCUGUGCUCCGAGCAGCUGGAUGUGUCCGCCAAGGUCCUGCCCUGCCAGCACACUUUCUGUGCGACCUGCCUGCAGAAGCAGGAGACGGCCCACUCCCAGCUGCUGUGCCCCGAGUGCCGUGCCCCCGUCCCAGCCCGGACGGUGGAGGAGCUCCCUGCAAACCUCCUGCUCGUGCGGCUCCUGGAGGGGCUCCAGGGCUCCACGGGGCCCGACGGGUACAAACAAAGCGGCCGCUACGCUGUGCCCUUGGCGAGGGGCAGCUCCGCGGUCAGGGAGGGUCAGCAGCAGCAGGAGGGUCAACACAGAUGGACGCAAGUGCACAGUGAGCUUCCUGUCAGAGCUCUGUCGCGAAACCAGCCAGGUGAUGUGUCAGGAAAGCCGGUCCUCCUCGCGCAUGGUAACAGUAUCAUGCGGAAACAAAAAGUGGACGAAAACUGGCACCAAGGAAACGGUGCGCAGCAGGCCGUCGACCAGAUGCCUCAGCUGCAGCCGCUCCAGCAGCCCCAACAGCUGGUUUUCUGCAGGGCGCUGUACAACUUUAAACCAGAAGAAAUGAAUGUGGAUGACAGUAAAUAUUGUCUCAGCUUCCUCAAGGGAGACAUCCUCACUGUCAUCCGACGGGUGGAUGAACACUGGAUUGAAGCCAAGAUAGGGGACAAAGUUGGAAUUUGCCCUCAGCAAUUUACUGAGCUCCUCUCUCAGCACCAGUCAACCCUCACUGGCUUAUUGGCUGGUACUUAUCCUGCUGUCUGCCUGUCUGUCAAACAAGUUGUAGGGCCAAUCUCAGGACCUUCCAAACUGCCAGAGGGGAAGAGUCGGAGGGUGAGUGACUCAGCAGAAUUUCACCAGCGAACUGGGAAAGGGGGCAAAGACAAGGCCACUGACUCACCCAACAGGACCAGCCAUUACGGAGUCCCUCAAGUUCCAGCUAAGGCACCCAUCAUCAAUGCUUUGCCCGUCUCCGGCCAGCGGAAACAGCCCGCAGCCAGCAGCAGCAACUUGUAUCAGACGACCAAAGCAGAGACAACCACCAUCAGCUCCAUUAACGGCUUCAACCACCAGGGUCAGCCACAGCGCGUCUCUGUGCACUCUGCAGCCUGGGGCCUCUCUCACCCCUCCAGAGUGAACUCUCAUCGAAUUAGACGCCACUCUGACACUACGCACAGACACCUGUCACAUAGUAAGAAGAUGACCAGUGAGACGCCACCCACCAUUUCUAUGGCUCUGGUAAACCCCCAGAUGUCCUCUGCCUCCGCAGACAGUAAAAACUCCUCCACGCAGCAGCUUUCCAUCAGUGUGUGUGCUGUCCUGUACUCCUACAAACCACGACGGCCAGAGGAGCUGGAGCUGAGGAAGGGAGAGAUGGUGGGAGUGUACGGAAAGUUCAAAGAGGGCUGGCUGCGAGGGUUAUCGCUCAGAACGGGCAAAGUGGGCAUUUUGCCAAGCAACUACAUCACGCCUGUGCUCAGAACCUCGGCCAGACUCCUGGAGACCAAAGCAGCUAAUGCGUCCACACAGCACAACGCAGUAGCUGGAAAGAAACCCACUGCUGCCAAGAAUCCUCCUGUGGUCCUCGCUCUUGAUAGGGUGAACACUGAUGGAGCAAUAUACUCAACAGGACAGGUUCCAUCCGUGCCAAAUGGAGCACAGCAUGCAAUGUCAUCCUCUGGCACUGGAAAACAGUCCUUCUAUGGUCAUUCGCAAGGUUGGGACACUGUGAGGCGUAUUUUUAACCCUCAUAGAGGCUCAAACCACUUCUCCCAUACGUCCACUUUGAAUGUCCUGUCCAACUCGCAGCACUUUGCACAAGUUACACCGUCUGGCUACUCACCUGCCAUGCAGAAGAAGAAAAACAGCAGCAUCCUGUCCAGCUCUGGCAGACCGAUGGGCUGGAUGACUGAGCCCGCAGCACCCUCUGCUGCUGCAGUCCAGAAGGACAGGGACUUCUCUGCCUGGCACGAGGCAACCUUUCAGCAUGAUAGACAGUCGAGCAAUGGUCCCCACUCAAUUUUAGUCAGACCUGACUCUCAAAAGAACAAUACAGAAAAGCCUGCAAAGUCUGUGCGGUUCCUCACAGAUGAAGACUCCCCUCCUCCAAGGCCUCGGACCUCCUCCUGGUCUUCAGGAAAUCAGAUCCCCACCAACUUCCGACCUGGCCCCCCUCCGUUAGAGGUUUGGGCCCCAUCGCUCACUCUGGGAAGAGAUGGACCAGGUAUCAUUCUCAAGGAAGGAAAAGCUCCUGUUCUCCGGAAGGGCCUUGAAACAGCCAUCUCUGACCUAAAUUCCAACCCACAAAAACCAAUAUCUUCACAGCAGUCCCUGCCAUCUGUAUCAUCUCAGUUUAGCCCCAGCAGACACAGAGUGACCGCAACACAUUUAGCCCAGACGGAGUCUGAGCUCAGUCUGCUUCAAGGAGAGAUCGUCCUCGUCCAUAGACCCCGACCCGACAGACGGAUUCUGGUUACACAGGAGAGCAGUGGGCAGACAGGGUUGUUCCACAGUAGUGUUCUUCAAGCCCUCGAGAGGCUCAGCUGACUGUGUAGUACUACUGAAGUAGUGUUUAUUUGCCAAAUUAUUUUACUAACCUGCUGAACAAAAAGAUGCGAGCUGAGGUCAAAAGGUUAAUGUUGCCAAAUGACAAUCCUAUGAAAAAAGUGUAUAUUUUUGUCUUGAGUACAUAUGAGAGUAAAUGGUUAAAUUCCCCAGAGCUAUAUUUUGUGUCCUUUAACGUGUGUGCAUGUUUGUGACACAUGUACUAUUCUUAUAAGAUUUUGCACAAAAACCCACCUAAUGACUGUUCCUUGUUUAAUACCCAUGUUACAUGCAUUGGUCAGUGCCUUUGUCAAAACCCAUGAACUAUAUUUAAAUAUAUUUAGAGAAAUUAUUAUGUAAAAUACCUGUAAUGCUUAUGUGAUAAUAAACUCCCAGAACAAUA